UGUUCUGUAUGACAGAUUAUGACAAAUGUGUAAUGACAAUUUGAUUAUCCCAUCAAAAUAAGUACGCUUGUACGGAUAAAGGCCAUAUAAAAAAAAAAAUAAGUACGUAAUUGAUUUCUUAAAAUGUCCAUAAUGGUGAUCGACCCACUAUAAAAAUGUAUUUGAUAAAUCAUCUAAAUGGUUAAUACUUAGAAAUAUCUCUUACAGAAAUUUAGAAGACUAGUAGGUUCUUGUCUCAGAAAGACUCCCAUUAUAUAAUAUUAUUUCUAUUUGUAUAUACACAUAUAUAUCAGUAAUGUACUUGAGUGAAAUAUUAGUACGGAGGAUAAUUCUUUGCAAACUUUGAUAUAUACUUAAUUAUGUUUCUUUAAUAUUUCGAAUAUAUUGUUGUGUUGUGUAUUUGUAUUGCUUAUAUUAAUCUGUUUGCUUCGAUUUGGUUUUGAAAGUUGGAAAUGUUUGACUAAGAUGGAAAAAAUUCUGAGAGCUUUUAAUGGAAAAAGGAAGGAUUUAAACAAAAACCAAGCUUUAAACUGGAGUACAUAUUCCCUGGUGUCAUGUCCGGAGUUGACACCAGAUACUCUUCAGUCCUGGCUGGCGUUGCCGGAUGAGGUGAAAAACGACCCAUCUUUAGAGCAAAUCCGAAGGAAAGUUGAGGAGAUUGAUGCUUCGGAUGAAAACCAGGAGCUUCUGAGGACAAAACCUCAGCAUCAUGACGCGUCGGUGCAUAUUAUUCAUGAAGAUGGAGGUAAUGAGGAAGAAAUGGAUGAUUCAGUUUCGAAAAACAAUUAUAAAGAAAACACAAACGAGAGAGAAAAUAAAACGAGCACGCCGAGGAUCAAAAAAGCUAAAUAUUACAUAAAAAUGACAAUGUUAAUAGGAUGCUGGGUAUUCUUUACGGUCAUAUUUCUAACGUAUAAUGAAAAUCUUGAAGUAUUUAGGAAUACAGCGAUCGUUGGAGGGGAUGAUAAACAUUAUCCUUUAGAAGUUUCCGGUGACAGAAUACAAGUACAAUUAUCUGGUCCAUUCUACUCCGAACAGGAAGAGAGGAUAUAUGGUUCCAACCUGACGUCAUUCCUUAUGAUCUGGAUAGUAUGCUAUGAAGGUGGAUUAACUGAGGAAUCCAAACCAUGGCGGAUUGUUUUGGAAAACGAUACGGAUUUAAACAAAGGCGAGCUCAGAUCCAGAGUAUUUGAUGUGAAGUCCAACUGUUCUAUCCGUAUGCGGACCGAUGCAAAUCUAUUGCCUUUCAAACUGUCGUAUAAAGAGAGUACAUUGGAUAGUACUGCGAUAGUAUAUGCCUUUGUAUUGCUAUGUGGUCUAUAUAUUCUGAUAAUUUUUGAGGUUAUCAAUAGAACAGUGGCAGCUAUAAUUAUAUCAACCAGCUCGUUGGCGACCCUCGCGUUAGUCGGUGAACGCCCCUCCCUUCCGGAGCUGAUCUCGUGGCUGGAUGUGGAAACGCUCUUAUUGCUCUUCAGCAUGAUGAUCCUCGUCGCUAUCGUCGCGGAAACCGGCCUAUUCGAUUAUUUGGCGGUUUUUAUUUUUGAGAUGACGAAGGGCAAACUGUGGCCCUUGAUCUAUCUUCUUUGCAUCAUCACAGCUGUCUUCUCCACCUUUUUGGACAACGUCACAACGAUUCUACUGAUUUCUCCAGUCACAAUCAGAAUAUGUGAAGUUAUGGAUCUAGAUCCGGUUCCUAUCUUGAUGCUGAUGGCAAUAUAUAGUAACAUUGGUGGCACUGCGACUCCUGUUGGUGAUCCACCCAAUGUUAUUGUGGCAUCUAAUAAAGCUGUCGUACAGGCGGGCAUAAAUUUCACUAAUUUCACAGCACAUAUGUCACUGGGUAUCCUAAUGGUUUUCAUACAGACGUCACUACAGGUGAAAUUUAUGUUCAGGGACACGAAUAGGCUUAGGAUAAGAAUGCCUAAGGAAAUACGAGAUCUUCGUCGUCUAAUUUCGAUUUGGCGCCGCGCGGCCGAUUCCUUGCCACAUUCGAGCGACGGGGUUAACGCGGUACGAGAGAGACUCGAGAGGAAAAUAAAGAAAUUGACGCAGAAUUUAAACAGAUUUAUGAAAGAGAGCAGCAAACGUGCGUGCUCUAAAGAAACUUUCGUGACCACGUUAGAAGAAUUAAAAGCUAAGUAUAAAAUACGUGACAGAAAUCUUUUAAUGAAAUCGUCCGUGGCAAUAGCUUUCGUAGUGAUUGUGUUUUUCAUGCACUCCAUACCAGAACUCAAUCGCGUGUCUUUGGGUAUGACCGCUCUGCUAGGAGCCAUUUUGCUGCUAACUCUGGCUGAUAGAUCUGAUCUAGAGCCAAUACUUCACAGAGUAGAGUGGUCUACAUUAUUGUUUUUUGCAGCACUUUUUGUUCUUAUGGAGGCCCUAUCAAAACUUGGUCUUAUCUCAUUCAUCGGAGGACUGUUGGAGCAACUCAUCUUCAAAGUGGAUGAAAACUACAGAAUGGGUGUAUCUUUAAUGCUUAUAUUGUGGGCUUCCGGAGCUAUAUCAGCUUUCGUGGACAACAUUCCUCUAACAACGAUGAUGAUACGAGUUGUUGUGGCCAUUGGAAACAACCCUGCCUUGAAUCUUCCCAUGGGACCGCUUAUUUGGGCAUUACUCUUUGGAGCCUGUCUCGGUGGUAACGGCACGUUGAUUGGUGCUAGCGCCAACGUCGUGUGCGCGGGCGUCGCUGAACAGCACGGCUAUCGGUUCACCUUCAUGCAGUUCUUCAAAAUAGGUUUCCCCAUCAUGAUAGGACAUCUGUGUGUAUCUUCUGUCUACCUUCUGAUAUGUCACUGUGUUUUUGAAUGGCAUUGAUCUGAUAUUUUAUUGUUUUACAAAUGUAAUUAUAUUUUUUUGAUACAAGUUAAUUUUUAUGGCGUUAUUCGUGUUGUUAAAUGGGGAGAAUAAGAUAGAGAAUGAGAGAGAAAAGAAGAUAAGAGAUGAAAAUUAGAUAGAGAAAAAGUUUAUUUAAGGCUAAUGUCAGCAGUUAUGUACAUAAAAAGGAUCUUAUCUAAACUCCUAUGCUAUGCUAUCAUCUCUUAUUUUUCAUCUCACGUCUUUUCUGCCCAACACAUUGUUUGUAUUUUUUACUUGCCUUAUUCCUGUUUUGCGAUAUUUAGGCAAUUCUUUGGUUAAAGGAAAUAAUUUUUUUAAUAAUUUUGGUUCCAAGCCUAUUCAAUGCUCGGCGGAGACCCGAGUUUAUCUUCAUCCAAUUGAUAUUGAUUUUUGUUUUUCUCACUGAAUUUAAAAUAUCUGUCUGUGAGUGAAGCUUUGUGAGUAGGCCGUUAACUUCGAUGUUGGCUUGAAAGUUUACCAAAUUUCCAACCAUGUUAAACUGUUUAAUCCACUCGGUUAAUGGAAACUCAUCACUUCAAAUUCCAGCUUGUAGAAAAGUGCUUGCAUAGUUGUCAUAUUUAUAGGGAUAUGACAACUAUGCAAGCACUCUUAGCACAAAUAAGUUACGAAGCGCAAUGUGUUGAUAGCAAUACAUUUCGCUUCCCAACUUAUUUCUCCAUGGUUGAUAUGAUGAUAUAGCGUGAAUUGAAAAUAAGUUUCCUCCAUAUAGUAAGAUUCUGUACAUAUUUUUUAGAUACUGAUGGAUAUUUGUGAUUUUUUUUUUUUAAUAAGUUUUCGAAAAUUAUGUCUUAUCUGUUUCUAUUACGUCAGCAAAAUAUUUUUUGUUUGAAUAAAGAAUGGAUUUAGAAUAGCUGUUUUAUGGUAUGAUUGCUGGCGUGUAACUUGGCAAAGACAUAUAGUUAGGUCAUAUAUAAUGUUAGCUUCCGAGUACUUUGUGAGCAAUUAAAUUUGACCCAUUGUUUUUGCUACUGCUACGUGGUUUAGUUAUUGAUAAACAUCAAGUCACCACUUUUGUUCCGCAAAGUGUGAAUGGGCAAACUUAUCCCCACUACGCAUAAAUAUGGACAAAAUACAAGCCGACAACUAUAUAUAAUUUUAGUUACAGCGACAAUUCAGAAUCCCCCCGGGAAUAAUUAUUUCCCAUUUCUCGUGUUCAAUUUUCAUAUUUUUUUUUAUUUUCGUGUUUUUCAUUGCAUAUCUCAUGUAAGCACAACACAUUAAUGUUUUAAGGGUCAUAAUACAUAAUAUAGUAAUAAUAUUUGUCAUAUAGUAAUAUUAUUUGUUAAUUUCUGUGGUAAGCGAGAACAAAAUUAAUGAUAUGAUCUUAUUUUUUUGCUAAAUGUAUUCAUCUCUCUCUUUCUCCCUCUCUCUCGCUCUCAUGAAACGCCCCUUAGCCAAAUCUUGGACUACCCGCAUCAAAUGUACUAGCUGGAUAUGUUACCAAUUUUUCUGCCCAAUAUUAUUAGAUGCGUCCAAUUUGUGUUUUUCAGAGCUCUCAGAGUUUCAUAUAUUUAUAGGAAUAAUUUAAUUAUUUUUUAUAAAUAAUAUUUUUUUUAAUUCCUUAUUAUACCAGAAUCAUAAUUUAAGUUGAUUAAGUCAAUUUUAUAUAUAACUAAUACAAUAAAACAUAGACAGCUU